ACAUAAUUUCUUAACAUUUUAGACGCUAGAAGUUUAACAUGAGGCGAAGCUUGGCGCCGAGCCAGAUCGGCGCUGGAGACAGCGUUUUCAAGAGCCCCUUACUUGAUAAGAACAAACGAAAAAAGCGGGAGUGUGUACGAAUUUCUCUUGCUCAAAAAUCUCCAUCCCAAGCGAUGUCAACGUCUGACCACGAGAAUCUGAUCAAACAAAUACUGAGUAAACCCUUCAAAGUACCUAUUCCGAACUACAUAUCAUCAUAUUGCAGCAAAAGUUUGGGACUAAAGCGAACGCAGGUUAGGCGCGCCUUACACGACGCGGAUGAGCCGAAUGCUCUUGUUUUAUUCCGUCCACCGUAUAUUCCAGAAUAUGAAAAGAUGAAAAUGAACCCGAAUGAUAUAAAAGUGGCUGUAGUAGUCGACCCAGUGCUGGGAAACAUUCUUAGACCUCAUCAAAGAGAAGGCGUUAAGUUCAUGUACGAUUGUGUAACUGGAGCUCAGAUUGAAAACGCGUACGGGUGUAUUAUGGCUGAUGAAAUGGGUUUAGGAAAGACUUUGCAGUGUAUAACACUGUUGUGGACUCUUUUGCGGCAAAGUCCAGAUUGUAAGCCCACUAUUUGCAAAGCAAUUAUUGUAUGCCCUAGUAGUUUGGUUAAAAACUGGUACAAUGAGAUUGGGAAAUGGCUUGGACAGAGAAUAAAUGCUCUUCCAAUGGACGGAGGAUCUAAAGCAGAUAUUACAUUGAAAUUGAAGCAAUUCAUGAAUACUUAUUCCGUGACUAGGGUUGCCACACCUGUCUUGAUCAUUUCUUACGAAACAUUCAGGAUUUACGCCAACAUUUUGCACUCGUCUGAGGUUGGUUUGGUGCUUUGCGAUGAGGGCCACAGAUUGAAGAACAGUGAGAACCAAACAUAUCAGGCUUUAAUGGGCUUGAAAGCAAAAAGGAGGAUAUUGAUCUCAGGCACACCAAUUCAAAAUGAUCUGACAGAAUACUUCAGCUUGGUACAUUUUGUCAAUGAAGGCAUACUUGGAACAGCUGCUGAGUUCAAAAAGAAAUAUGAAAAUCCUAUCUUGAGAGGUCAGGAUGCACUGGCUACACAGCAAGAAAGAGAAAAAGCACAGGAAUGCCUUCAAACAUUAACUUCGAUUGUCAAUAAAUGCAUGAUCAGAAGGACAAGCAGCUUACUUACUAAAUACUUGCCAGUUAAGUUUGAACAGGUCAUUUGCGUUAAAAUGACUCCCCUCCAAACACAGAUCUACAAGAAUUUCAUCAACUCAGAUGCUAUUAGAAAUAAAUUCACUGGUACUGGAGAUAAAAACACACUCAGUGCUUUAUCAAGCAUCACAACCCUGAAGAAACUAUGCAACCAUCCAGAUUUGGUGUAUGAUAAGAUUAUGGAAGGCUCAGAAGGCUUUGAGAAGGCCAGAAGCCUUCUACCAGCUAAUUAUGACAUUAAAGAUGUGAAACCAGAAUUCUCUGGCAAGUUGAUGAUUUUAGAUUGCAUAUUGGCUAAUUUGAAGACCAAUACAGAUGAUAAAAUUGUUCUUGUGUCGAACUACACUCAAACUUUGGAUUUGUUUGAAAAACUUUGUCGUAAACGAUGCUACCAGUAUGUGAGGCUUGACGGUUCGAUGACGAUUAAAAAACGCGCCAAAGUAGUUGAGAGUUUCAACAAUAAAGACUCAAAAGAAUGGAUCUUCAUGCUAAGUUCUAAAGCUGGAGGAUGUGGGUUAAACCUCAUUGGAGCCAAUCGUCUGAUUAUGUUUGACCCAGAUUGGAAUCCUGCUAAUGAUGAUCAAGCUAUGGCUCGCGUUUGGCGUGAUGGUCAGAAGAAGCCUUGCUAUAUCUACAGGUUACUAGCAACAGGAACAAUAGAAGAAAAAAUUUUCCAGCGUCAGGCACAUAAGAAAGCGUUAAGUGACACAGUAGUUGACCAAAAUGAAGAAUCAUUACGUCACUUCACAUCAGAAGAUCUGAAGGACUUGUUCCGUUUAGAAGAAAACACUUUAUCAGACACUCACAGCAAAUUUAAGUGCAAGAGGUGCAUUAAUAAUAUUCAAGUGACACUCCCUCCAGAGAACUCCGAUUGUACUUCAGACUUGUCAAACUGGUACCACUGUGCUGACAAAAAGAAUUUGGCAGAUUUGGUCUUGAAGCAAUGUUGGGACUUGGCUAAGAGUAUAUCUUUUGUCUUCCACCACCGAUCUGCUCAGGUUGUUGCUGAUAAAACAGAUAAGGAAGAGGAUAAGGAGAAUGUCCAGGUAAGGAAAAGAAGGAAGAUUGAAGUUGAUGAGGACUAUUCAGAACCUGAUGAUAGUGCUGAUGAAGAUUAUGAAUAAUUCAGUUUUUCAGUUUGUUGAAACUAUGAAAAAUUAACUUAAUUUUAUAGUUGCUAAUAAUUAUGUUUCUGAAAGAAAAUUAUCAUUAUGCAAUUAUGUUGUGAUUUGCUGGUCAAAUAUUAGACAGUAUUCAAUAAAGCAAUGAAGAAGAGAUGUGAAACAAUAAAACCAAAAUGUAAAUAACAAAAAAAUAUAUUCAUUAACAAAUAUAUUAAAGAUUUUUCUCACAAGCACCCUUAUACAUUUACUACACAAAUACACAAGAGGAUGCUAAGAAUCCUGGAGCUCUGGUGGCACGAGCACUGGGAUCUUGCACUCUAGUCACUACAACCUGGAAUUGUGCUUAAAAAUUAGACUAGACUUACAAAUCGAGUGUCUGGUGGUAAGCGACAUGCCUGCUCAUAAUAGUCGCAGGGCUUUAAUGGGUUUUAUUUUAUCGUUCAACGACUCGUGUCUAGCUGCCCACUAGAUCGUGACGACAGUUUAUCGGUUCACGGCAACCGCUUUGUCGUUUGCACAACAGAUUCGUUUGAUGUUGCGAUUAUCUGUCGUCACAUUUUUAUCGUGAAGCUUUAUCGUCUGACGACUGUCGUUCUAGCUCUUCCCAUUGUCACGAUAGUGUCGCCGUAACGUCAAAAA